GUCAGAUUUUGAAUUACUUUUCUUGUUUGAAAGUUAUCGUGUUAACAAAUUUUUGCGCACAGGGUACCACGCUCAUACAUUCGGACAUCGAAAAAGCGCUAGUUUCGUGUUCCGUGGCCCCAAAAACACCCAGAAAACACAUUUUUGAUGGGUGUUAAUUUUUCGACCGAUUCCAAUACUUUACCUUACACACUAGGUGUGUUCGGAAAAGAAAAAUAACAUUUGUCCAAAAUGUGGAAUUCAAGUUCACUUAAUCAGGAGCGUAGAUUUGAGCGUCAUCUUGACUUAUAGUUGAAUAUAAGUGAUUGAAUUUCAUAGAAAUAUGUCAUAGUCAGUCAGCCAAUCAGUCGUUUUUUUCCACACAGGCUGAUAAGAAUAUUGCUGAUAACACAGAUGAUUCCAAAGAAUAUCAAGUACAAUCAGUAUCUCAUCUACUCUAUCUGUUAAAAAAUAAUUCAAGUUUCAGUCACUUAUGAUACCUUCAUAGUAACACACUUUGUUUUUGUCCUGUUCCGAUUUUUAUAUCAUUUUAGCUAUUGUUGAAUUAUUUGUUUAACAUUUUGUGAUGUUAAUAAUGUUUUGAUUUGGAUUCAAUUCAUAAAAAAAUACAAUAGUAUUGAUCUCAUUCUUUGAUUUAUGUCAAAUUUUAAUUUGCCUAUAUACUUUUUAGCGUUAUUUAUCACGCUGUGCUUUUCGAUUAACUGUAGAACAACAAAAUAUUUUGGACAGAUAACAUAAAACUCUAAAUAUAAAUUUGGGAAUCUUCUAAAAUGUCCGGUUUCAUUUCAAUUCGCAAAUCAAUUCGCUGGCUUCCGGGUGUGAUGAAUGAGCCAACUUCCACGAUUGUGUUGACUUCUCCACAGAGAAGGUUCGUCGAUUUACGUAUUUUGAAGGAUGAAAACGGUAGCAUCGAAGGUGGAAGCCUUCCUCUCAGUCUCUCUAGGUUGGACUGGGCGAUAGCAGGAACAUCAUCCAGCACUACUACCUGCGACAUUGAGGGAAAACAAGUGUCUCGCUCUCGAUGGGUUCACUGGAUUGAUUCACGAACCAGUACGACAGAAAAUGUCACCGACGAAGGAGAUAUGUUCACUCAGCUGGAUGGAACUACCAUAGAAAAAGGCUAUAUGAUGAACCCUGAUACAGGAAUUAACACUGCCUAUGAGGAAGUUUGGGAUGACGAAGACGUUCACUCCACUGAUACGGCUCAGGUCUGUGUUGUGCUGAAGUACGAGAAUUUUGAUGAUAGGGGCUUGGUAAUCAGAUUGGGCAGGUAUUCUCAGGGUUUCAUGAAGAUAGGAGAGCAGACAUCUCUAGAAAGAUGGGAAUGGAUCGAUCGGGCGGCUUGUAAUGUCAGAAUAGGAACGGACGAAUUACCUUGUAAACUGGCGAUGGAAAAAACCUUUUUGCUUGGCGAAGAGGUGCAGGUGGCUGGUAGAUCAUGGAUAGUAGUGGAAAUAGCAUAACGCACUACCAUCACUUGCUUUCUAUAUCACCUGUAUAUUUUUUUUGAGCUUCACGUUCCGAGCGACAUCUCUAUGUGCUUGGCAUUGAACUCGCGAUCCAAACGAGCACCACA